AUGAAGAAAAAACUACUGUCAUUAGAGUUAAAUGCUGUGAAGAUCAACAAUAUAUAUCAGUCAUCACAAGUCAACCCCAACUACUCAUCUUCUAAUUUAUCCAAAAUAAACCAAAAUGGCAAUCCAUUUUAUAGUCACAACGGCUCCACUGUUUCGAUCAACUCGAUCCCUUCAACGCCGUAUGACGACUUUGGCUCGCCGUCGCCGCCUUUAAUGUCCCAUCCUUCAUCAUACAUUUCUUUGAAAAAUCUGUAUUUAUUAUCACCACCCUAUUCAGAAACUACUUCGCCUGAAUUGAAACCGCACUAUAACGAUACUGGUCGUGAUCAGGAUCACGAUGUGGAAAUUGGACUAGGAAUUAGGAUUGAUUCUGAAGAUAAUCUGAAUUCCUCUACUACUAUUGCUGCCACCUGUGUGUCAAGGUUGAAAUCGAUCUUACCACCCAUAAACUACAAGAUUUGUUCAUUAUGUCUAGCUUGGUACUUUUGUUCAAUCAUCUCCUCGAAUUCAAUCAAGUUGGUAUUGAACAAUUUUAAAUACCCAGUCACUUUAACUCAAUUUCAAUUUCUCAUCAAUGCCUUGUUGAGUUUACUUGUCUUGUCCAUUGCUGAGAGUGGUGUUGGUCAAAAGUUAAUUCCUAGAGAAACUUUGCCAGAAAACACAUCAUUCAGCCUGUUUUUGAGACCAAACAAGUAUGUCAUUGCGGCUACUGUUCCAAUGGGCUGUUUUCAAUUCAUUGGUCAUUUAACGAGCCACAAGGCCACUUCAAUCAUCCCCGUUUCCCUCGUGCAUACAAUCAAGGCGUUGAGUCCCAUCAUGACGGUUUUGAUUUAUCGCUUCGCGUUCAAAAAGCAAUACAAAAAGCAAACAUACAUUAUACUUUUACCCUUGAUCUUUGGGAUCAUGAUGACUUGUUAUAAACCAAAUAACAAAGUCAAUGCCGCUUCCAGUGGAUAUUUAUCGGGACUCAUUUUUGCAUUCAUUUCCAUGGUGAUCUUUGUUAGUCAAAACAUCUUUGCCAAGGCCAAGUUAUCGCCCACCACAUCGGCAACCAAAUUGGACAAUCUAACCAUCCUUUGCUACUGCUCGAUUGUUGGGUUUGUUUUGACGUCGCCCAUUUAUUUGGCGUCAGAAGUGUUUAACCAAAAAGUAUCACUCAAACAAUUGGACCUCACCGUCAUCUCCCUCGUCCUCAUCAAUGGCCUCAGUCAUUUCAUUCAGUCACUAUUAGCAUUUCAAAUUCUUAGACUAUUAUCACCAAUUGAUUACUCAAUUGCCAACAUCUUGAAGAGAAUCUUUAUCAUUUUAAUUUCGUUCGUUUGGGAGCUGAAGCAGUUUACUUCUUUACAAACCUGUGGUCUCGCUUUAACCUUGUUUGGGUUAUACUGCUACGAUAGAUGGGGCACGCAACGUUCAAAAGUUUUGUAG